AUGAAGUCAGGAAGAUUGUUGUUGAUUUUUCUGGCGGUUGUGUUGAGCCCAUUUUUGGUUAGUGGGAUUGGUAAGUAUGAGGAGUCCAUGAGAGUGAAGGAACAGUAUAAUGUUAGUAGCUCGACUACACGGAAAUUUUCGCCUGGAUUCCACGUGGAAAUGACAGAAGCAAGAGCUUUAUCGUCAAAUGAGGAUGUGGGGGAUAGUAAAAUGAAAAUUAAUGGUGGUGGAAGUCGUGGUGGCAGCAAUGGUAGUGGUGGCGGCGGAGGAGGUGGAAAUGGUGGUGGCGGAGGGGGAGGAGGUGGAGGAAAUGGCGAGGGUGGUGGUGGUGGAGGAGGAGGAGGAGGUGGCGGAGGAGGAGGAGGAGGAGGAAAUGGUGGUGGCGGAGGGGGAGGUGGAAGUGAAAGGGGAAGGAGUAGAGCGCAUAAAAAGAAACAUGGAAGAGGAAACGGCGCGGGAAAAGGUGGCAGAGGUGGUAGUGGUGGAGGGGGUGGAGGGGGUGGAGGGAGAGGAGGUGGUGGUGGAGGUGGAGGUGGUGGGGGUGGUGGUGGUGGAGGAGGAGGAGGUGGAGGAUAUGGAUGGGGAGGGGGUAGUCGAGGGGGAGGAGGCGGGGGUGGUGGCGGAGGCGGAUGGGGAUGGGGAGGAGGAAGUGGAAGUGGAAGCGGAUGUUGGUGGUGGGGAUGCGGUGGUCCUGGAGGAAGCUCUAACGGAGGAACUGAUUCUCCACCGUCCAAUUAA